AUGAGACGGACCAGGAAACAAUUUCAGACACUGGCUUUAAUCGAUUUAUUUCCAGACGAAACAGUAUUUAAAGAUAAUUUAAAAAGUAAAAGAAAUAGUAAGUUAAUGGGCUCGCUGCCUUACGGCUGCGGUGGAGACCAACACCAAACUGGUUUGACUGCACGCGAUCUGGCUCGAACGAAGGAACAUGCAACGAACAAAAAGAAACCUAAAUGCAGACCAGCUUCAGCUCUAGGAAACGCUGACCUUGGACGCAACGAGCAUGGCACCUGGUGUUUUUGUGCCCUCCGCAACUUGCACAGCUAUAUUUGUUACAAAUUCGCUCACUAUUUGAUUUACGUUUCGUUCUAUGUUCGAGCGUAUCCUGCCUUUUGUUAA